CCAGAGUCAUCAACAACGUUUGAGCAGAAUCUGCCGACAGAAACUAGGAAAUUCCAGAAAAGAUGGAAGAUUUACAGCCCAUAUCAGCCGCUGAACAAUCGGCUUUCUGUGUGGAAAUGUUGAAGCGCCUCAACAUUCAGCGAAAACAAGAUUAUUUGUGGGACAUUACUUUGGUUUCGAAAGACAACGGCGAGUUUAAGGCUCACAGAAAUGUGCUUUCCGCCGUUAGUCCGUUCUUUUGCAAGCUUCUUCAGAGUGACAUGAAAGAGAAUCGCGAAGGGAUUAUUCGAUUUGAAGAGAUUUCAGGAUCUGUUAUGGAAGAUGUUUUGGAAUUCAUCUACACUGGAACUGUGGAAGUAACUCAGGAGAAUGCCAACGAUCUGAUCGCUGCAGGGAAUUAUCUGAUGAUACCGAGCUUGAAAACUGUUUCGGGGCGAUUUCUAGAGGGAGAAAUGUCCAAUUCAAAUUGUAUCUCGACCUUUUACCUCGCUGAGAAAUACGACUGUAUCGAGCUUGUUGGCAACAGCGGGAAAUUCAUCCGCGAUAAUUUCGUCUCCGUUGGAGAAAUGGAUGAAUUUCUGAGCUUGGAGGCUAACGAGGUGGCGAGCUGGAUUUCAAGCGACGAGAUUGCUGUGGGAGCGGAAGUAGAUGUUUUUAAGAUCAUAGUUCAGUGGGUUGAACGCAGCAAGAGCGAGCGAAAAGCCGAAUUUGAAGAAUUGUUCGGUCGCGUUCGGCUGGAUUUCCUAACGCGUGAUUGUUUGCAGGAUGUCGUGACAAACGAACUCGUCCGUGGCAACGCUGUUUGUUUGAGGCUGACCGUGGAUGCUAUUGUAAAGAUGGCUACUUUUGCGAGUGAAGAUGAUCUCCCACAGCCACCAAGAAAAGGUCUAGAAACACGUGUUAUCCUAGCAUGUGGUGGCAAGUACACAUUUUUUUAUCUCCCAGAAAAAGACCAGUGGAAGCGGCUGCCGGAUGGAUCAACCGAGAGAAACCAGAAAACACAAAUGAUUUCGUUUCGUGAUCAGCUGUAUACCUUUAAGAAGUUCAGCAAGGCAGAAAAGUAUGAUCUCGUGUUUAAUGGCUGGUCGAAGUCGGAUUUGAUUGACGUAUCAGCAGAUAACGCCAUUGUGACUGUUGUAAAAGGAGAUAUGUACGCCAUUGAAGUUAACAGACCUGCUGGAAAGUCAACCAUAAAGAGAUUCGAUGUGGAGCUUUGUACAUGGCAAACAGUUGUGGAAUCCCCCCAAGGCUGUAGAAACGGGUCCUUUGUUGUCGCAAGUGGUAGCCAUCUGUAUCUUUUAGGUGGAUCGGCCCCUAACACUUCUUGUUAUGUCGCUAAAGUUGAAAGAUUCAACAUUGAGGAAAACCAAUGGGAGGAAAUCGCUGACAUGCAGCAAGGAAGGGGUGGUGCCUUUGGAGUAGCAACUGAAGAAAAGGUUUUUGUUGCUGGAGGCUUAAACGAAGAGAACAAGGUGUCAAGAAGAUGCGAGAUGUACAAUGUUUCUACAAACGAAUGGCACUUCAUUGGAAGCUUAAACACUUGGCGUGUUUAUGGCAGCAUGGUGUGUCUGAAUGGUAUCUUAUAUGUUCUGGGUGGAACCAAGAAUAAUAGAGAUAGAUUACUGUCAGUUGAAUGUUACGACUCUACAGAAGACAAGUGGAUUGAGAAGACAUCCAUACCAGUGCAAAUGUACGCCUCAGGAAAUCAGAACACAUUCACUGGAUGUGUAAUGAAGCUAUCUAAAGGAGUGCUAAAGAAACCUGACUUCAUCAAGGAAGAGGUGGUGACGCCAGCAACCGCACAACCCGCGUUCAAUUUCCCGUCAGUAACCCGUAGCAGCUUCCCUGUUAGCACCAGCAUGGGCAGCGUCAAUAUUGGCGCCAACAGUGGCAACAUCUUCGGCAACCAAGUAUCCGCCACUUCGAUAAGCCAACGUGUUGUGGCUCGUCCUAUUCCUGUAUUUGAGCUGUCUGAUGAUGAUGACUGACUGAGUUAGCUUCAAUACAAUCCCCUUUAAUUUAAUUCAAGGAGACAGUUUAAAGUUUUUUCACAGGUGAUCAAACUUAAGAAAUCUUUACACGGUUUUUUAGUCAAUGGACAAGGGACAAAAAAACAAGACUUCUUACACAUCUGGAUGAUGAGAUAUCCUGUGUGUGAUUUUAGUACUAUUCGACGGUGAAAUAUAAUCUUGCACGUUAAAAUAGCAUGAAUGAGCUGUUAUGGUUUAAAAAUACAGUCUUGUAGUAGUAGCACACAGAUUCAAUUUUAUUUCAUACAUACUGAGAUUUACACUGUGCCUCCGAUUGGACGACACGAUGUAUACUCACAGUCGUUCGCGUUCAAUCAUUGCAAUGUGUCGGUUAGUUAGUAAAAAAUUUCAGUAUAUAUCAGAUAAAAACAUCAUACCAUGGAAAGUGCUUGAACAAUUUCUAUUCACUAGUUGCGAUGCAUAAAAAAAAAACUCACUCGUUCGUUUUUUCAAGCAUUGCAACUUGUGAAUGAAAAUCGUUUGUGCGCACUUUCCAUGGAAUAAUCUCUAUGAACUGUUCCCCAUGGUUAUAAUUUUCUUUCUUUUUAUUUCAUAUCAGUGUGAGACUUCAGAUUACAAUGAACUAUUCUACUUUUAUGGUUUUGAUAGCAAUGCCGCUUUUGAUCUUUAACCCUUUCACUCCCAAGAUGUCAUUAGUAAUUCUCCUUAUUGUCUGCCAUACAAUUUUCAUGAUGCUAGAUGAGAGAAUUUGGUAAUUGAUCGACUAAUAGUCCCAUGUUUGACAUUUUUUCUUUAUCCGCGUCACUUGUCCGCUCGACACUGUAUUGAUGUUGUAAGGAGAAAAUUUGUCUUGGGAGUUAAAUGGUUAAGUCCUCAUUAACUCAAAGGGUUUCUUUCAGAAAACAAUCUGUUUACUGUAAACCCUUUAUGUUGUACAGCCAACAGACACCUCCACAUGAAGGAGAACGCGCAUUUUCGUUUUCUAAAGAAUAAAUACAAGCAUGGCAAUUGUUUAAGAUAAAUUGAUAAGCCUUAGUAGUUUGUAAUGUGAUUAUAGACAGUAAUUAGUGAGUAAGCUGCUCCACAAUAAAAGAAGUGCGUGAAUUCCAAA